GAACCUGGAUCUGCUGGGUGAUGUGGUUUACUGGAUCACAGCGGUAGUGAAUGGGUUGGUGGUUGGACUGGAUGAUCCUAAAGGCCUCUUCCAACCCUGACGAUUCUGUAGCCCUGGGCUACAUUCCUUAUCCUCCCCGUGAAGACACAGCAGAAAAAGCUUUGACGGCGCGGGCUGUGCCGAGACGGGGCGGACGCGAGUGAGGGCGGCUACAGCCGAGCCCCGCCCAGCGCGGCCCCGCCCGGCGCGCUGACGUCAGAGCCGCGCGACGGCGGCGCGGCCAUGGGCGUCUGCCAGUUCUUCCUGCGGGGCUACUGCCGCUUCGGGGAGCGCUGCUGGAACGAGCACCCCCGCGGCGGAGCGGGCCGCGCCGGGGCCGCACACGCUACUAGCGGAAGAGGAGGAGGAGGAUGGGGUGCCUCUAACCAGAGAUACAGUAAUGUUAUCCAGCCAUCUUCAUUCAAGUCUGAUGCAUGGGGUGGCAGCAGAGAUCAUGGAAGAGGAUUCUUUGGCUCCUCUGACUUCGGAUCAUCAGGUGGCAGCAGCAGGAGUGCAGACUUCUCACAGAACAGGUUCUCUGCCUUAGCCAGCAGUCAAAGUGCUGCUGAUGGCUCUAAAGAUGAAGAGGAGAGACUUCUUGAAUGUGUAGUGAAAGACAUGGAAAUUUGGGAGUCUUCUGGACAAUGGAUAUUUUCAUGUUACUCACCAAUGAAAGAAAAGCCGAAUGUCUCAGGCUUUUCAGAUGUCUCGCCAGAAGAGCUGCGUCUGGAGUACUACGACAGCAGAUCAAACAAUAUCAUUGGGAAUUAUAUAGAUGCUGUCCAAAAGUUGGCACUACAAUGGAAAAAUCGGCUAGUUCAGUUGAAAGCUUUAAAUGCAUCAACAAAAGCAUCUCUGCUCUCUGCUUUCAAGACCACGGGCACUCAACCAGCACCUGCCUUUGGAAUGGGAGGACAGCAAACCUCAAGCUUUGGGCUGUCAAGCUUUCCUGUCAGCAGCAGCAGCAGCAGUACCAGUGCCAGCAGUUUCUCCUUUAAAGCCAGUUCCAGCCUCAUCAGUUCAACAUCACCUGGGAGCAGCCCUGCUGCUGGGAGCUCUUCUGCUGCAGCAAAUCCUCCUGCAUUUGGGACAACAUCCUCUCCCAGGGCUCCCCAAUCCGCUGGCUUUGGCAGCGCGGCCGCUCCAUCCGCAGCCUCCUUCUCCUUCAAAGCAGCUGCCACAGCUGGUGGCUUUGGCACUUCUGGCUUUUCAGGCUUUGGCAGUGCUUCUGCUGUGAACUCUGCAAGCACCACUGUGCUCCCAGCCUUUGGAGCCUUUAGUGCCCCUGUAGGCUCUUCUGCCUCCCCUUCCAGCAGUGCUGUAUUUGGACAGAGCACCAGUGCCUCUGGACAUGCUGCCACCUCAGCCUCUGCUGCAGCCACCAGCUCAGAGAAGUUAUUCACACCCAAGAGCGAGUUGUCAGCUGAAGAGUGGCAACAGUUUGAAGCAAAGGAGUUCACAAUUGGAAAGAUUCCUCUUAAGCCACCACCAUUAGAACUUUUAAAUGCUUUUGACCUUGUAAGUUUAUUCAGAAGUAACAUGUUUUGAAAUGAAAUAUAAUGCUACUGUUAACUUUUGUUUCACCUCUCAAGUCUCCUGCAGGAAUAAAUUUACAAGUGUAAACAUUUGGACUUAGUUUUUUUAAUAAUUUUUAGGUAGUGUAGGACAGACUUUUUACAUUUGAGAAAUGAACUGUUGAAAAUAAAAUGGAACAUUUCCUUUUA